CUGAAAAAAUCGAAAUUAUAUAGUCAAACUUUCUGAGAACCGAGCAAAGAAUCAAAUGGCUCUCCUAAUCUUCCUUUUCAUCUUCGUCACUUUCCUCCUCACCUCUCUCCACCUCCUCUCCGGCAAUCACCGGCGUCGAAUACGCCGCCUGCCGCCAGGACCGAAAGGUUGGCCGAUCAUCGAAAACCUACCGCAACUAGGGCCCAAACCUCACCAGACACUACACGCCCUUUCGAAAACCUUCGGCCCAAUCCUCAGCCUCCGUCUGGGCGCCGUCGACGUCAUCGUCGCUUCCUCCGCCGCUGCCGCCUCUCAAUUUCUCCGUACCCAUGACGCAAAUUUCAGCAGCCGGCCACCCAACUCCGGCGCCAAGCACGUCGCAUACAACCACCAGGAUCUCGUAUUCGCACCCUACGGUGCGCGGUGGCGCAUGCUAAGGCGUCUGUGCACCUUGCAUCUUUUUUCCGCGAAGGCGAUGGAAGAUUUUCGGCACAUUCGGGUCGAGGAGGCGGCGCAGCUCGUGCGGAGAAUAGCGGAGAAAGGGGGAGAGGCGGUGGAUAUUGGUGGGGAGGUGAACACGUGUGUGACCAAUGCGCUGGCACGUGCGACGGUUGGGCGGCGGGUGUUUGGGGAAAAAGGGGCGGAGGAGUUUAAGGAGAUGGUGGUGGAGCUUUUGAGGCUCGCCGGAGUUUUUAACAUUGGGGAUUUUGUCCCCGGCUUGGCAUGGCUUGAUUUACAGGGAGUGGUGAAGAAGAUGAAGAAGUUGCAUAGAAGAUUUGAUGAAUUCUUCGAAGGAAUAAUUGCUGAGCAUAGAGAAGCAGAGGAGAAAGCUGAUUCUGAUGGAAAACGCAGCGAUAUGCUCAGCAUUCUCAUUGGAUUAAACGAGGAAGCUAGUGGUGAAGGAAUCAAGCUCACAGAUAAAGGCAUCAAGGCCCUCCUACUGAAUCUUUUUGUAGCCGGAACUGACACAACAUCGAGCACAGUAGAAUGGGCUUUGGCCGAGCUAAUCCGUCAUCCAAAUCUCCUAAAGCAAGCCCAAAUUGAGCUCGACUCGGUUGUCGGAUCCGAUCGGCUCGUCUCUGAGUCCGACCUCCCCAACCUUCCCUUCCUCCAAGCCAUUGUCAAAGAAACCUUCCGCCUCCAUCCCUCAACCCCACUCUCCAUUCCGCGCAUUGCUUCCAAGGAUUGUGAGAUCGAUGGCUACUUGAUUCCUGAAGGUUCCACUCUCUUGGUUAAUGUAUGGUCCAUUGCACGUGACCCAUUCAUGUGGCCCGACGAGCCAUUAGCUUUUCGACCUGAGCGUUUUCUUGUGGGCGGUCUACACGAGGGAGUAGAUCUCAAAGGGAAUGAUUUUGAGCUCAUUCCGUUUGGUGCCGGGCGGAGAAUUUGUGUAGGAUUGAGUUUGGGUUUGAGAAUGGUUCAAUUCUUGACUGCGACAUUGAUUCAUGCCUUCGAUUGGGGUUUGGUCCAAGGACAAAUGGUAGAAAAUCUUGAUAUGGAAGAGGCUUAUGGGCUCGGUCUUCGUAGAGCUGUGCCACUAGUCUCUAAGCCUACGGCUAGGCUAUCCCCAAUGGCCUAUACUAAAAAUGCUUAAGUUGGCUUGUUCGUUAAUUUAAGACAUCGAACUUUAUUUUUAAGACUGUGUGAGUAGGGAAUAUUAUGUAACUAAGGUUUUGUUUGGAACAGCUUUUUUUAUGCUUU